CAUGUAGCGAAUGUCUACCUAAUGCAAUGCCGUCGUUAAACCAUACUUGGUUCUCUGCAUCUACAAAUCGCGUGGUGAAGUGUCGCACUCCAUAAUAAACAAUACCGGCCAACCGAGGCCACAUAUGUUCAGGAUAGGUGACAUAGUGGAAGCGCAAUGCUCCAUCGUAUUCGUGAAGUGCUGAGGAGGCCACAUAAGGAUGAAAAUUAUAUUGCGACCAAACUACGGUACGCCACGAGCAAUGAACGAAUAAACACACAAACUAACAUUAUUUCAGAACACUGCGAAGAAGAAGAGUGUUGCGAGCGACAAGGACCCGCAACGCACGCCGAAGAUGAAGCGACAAAUCGGGUUCGAGUACGAAGAGGAAGAGAUAGAGACGGGAGGCAAGCACAGGAGAGACGAUGAAGUAGAGAUGACGAACGAGCUGACUUAUGGGGCGAUGAGGAAGAAUAGAAAGAAACGACGAGAAUAUAAGAGAGAAAAACGGAAAAAGAAAGCAAAAAAAGAAAGUCAAAUGAGAAAGAAAGAAAGAAAGAAACGGGCGGAAGAGGAAAAAAGCGAAUAUGUGAAACAGUGGAAGCAAAACGGAAAGACUCGGAACUGGCGGCGGGCGCCCGUCCCAAUAAGGAAUGACCAGUCCAAAGAAGUACAUGCACGUAACAGAGAUAGAGUCGGUGUCCCGUCUAGGAAUAUGCAGCACUUUAUUCUCGGUGAUUCUCCCGUUUUGUUCACCAUGACUAAGAUUACCUUUACCUUGCUGUUGUGCCCACCCCCAAUACUGGCUGCGAACGACGUCGCAUCACCACCAAUAUUACAAGAUAUCAAAACACAUGAUAUACCUGGAGGAUAG